AUGGUAAAAUCAACUUCAAUAGAUUUUACUCUUUUAAAAGAAAAGAAAAAGCUUUUUAGGUAUGAUGUGUUUCCAUUCAUAUUCAUACACUCAGCAGUUUUGUAUUGGUGGUACGAGUCUUCUGAAGAGGAUGAUGUUUACCCUAGAUUAGCGGUUAUAGUAUCAGCAUUUUUAAAUUGUAUAGCUUACUUAUUAGGACAUUGGUCUUAGAGAAUGAAGGCUAAAAUAUGUUUUUCAUCUUUUGGUAAAGACAAAUCUGAUGAUGCCUUAAAUAACGCAACUUUUGUUUUUGUCCAUUUUGAAAAGAAAUCUGUUCGUACUGUCUAUGAGAUAGUUCCUUUGAAAUAUGAUACUGAUAAUGACAUCUUUUUCAUUCAUUUUACUGAAAAAAAAUACAUAUUUAAUAAUGAAAAAAGAGAAUUUUAUCGCCUAAAACCUUGCCUCAAAGAUCUUAAAAUCAAGGAUUUCUAAAGCCUUGAAGUCAAGCAAGAUACAACUAAUUUUGAUUUAAAUUCUCUUGAAAUUCCUAUCAGAAAAUUUGCAGAUGUUUUCAAGGAUUAAAUUAUGGAACCUUUCUCAUUCUUUUAGAUUUUCAGUGUUUCCUUAUGGCUUAUGGAUGAAAACAGAUUUUACUCAUUAUUAACAUUAUUUAUGCUAUUUAUGAGUGCCUUUACUGUUGUUAUUCAACGUAUGAGAACUAUGAUGAUGCUUCGUUAAAUGAAGUUAUAACCUCAAUACAUUAAUGUAUUAAGAGAUAAAAAGUGGGUUAAAAUAAGCUCUGAAGAACUUAUGCCUGGAGAUAUUGUUCAAAUUCAAACUGCAGAAAGCAUAAAAGCAGCUGAAACUACAAACUAAAUUUCAGAUGAAGAAUACUUAAAGUAGCAAAUUCCAUAUGCUCAUUUAUUCCCUUAAAAGUUAUUCGUAACUGAAAGCUCGAAUGCAAAUACUUUUAAAUAUCUUCCAUGUGAUAUGCUUAUUCUCUCUGGUACAUGUGUUGUUAACGAGUCAGUACUUACUGGUGAGUCUGUACCUUAAAUCAAGGACUCCAUAGAAAAGGUACAUGGUGAUGAAAUCCUAGAUUUAAAGAAUAAACACAAAAACUCAGUUCUAUUUUGUGGUACAGAAGUUAUUUAAACUUUCCCAAGUGAUAGAUAUCCUGAAAGUAUUAGAAAUAGACCAGAUAAAUAAUCUUGUUUAGCUUACGUUCUUAGAACAGGUUUUGAUACAUCAAAAGGCAAACUCAUUCGUACUGUCAUUUUCAAUAAUGAAAAUGUUUAAAUUAAGUAGAAAGACGCUUUUGCUUUAAUCUUUGUACUCUUGAUCUUCUCUAUUAUUUCUUCAGCUUACGUUUUAAUUCAUGGAUUGGAAGAUUAAGAAAGAAGCAAAAAUAAGCUUUUCAUUCGUUGUAUACUUAUUAUUACCACUGUAGUUCCUCCUGAACUUCCUAUGAUUCUAACUAUCGCAGUUAACAGCUCACUUUUAUAUCUUCAAAGAAAGAAAAUUUUCUGUACUGAACCAUAUAGAAUUCCAUUUGGAGGUAAAAUUACCAUGUGCGCUUUUGACAAGACUGGUACUCUUACAAGUGAUACAUUGAAGUUUAAAGGUAUUGUUGAUAACACUCAAGAUUUUAAGACUCUCAAAGGUAAAUCUGAUGUAAACAUUCAAGCUUAAUGUGUUCUUGCUGGUUGUCACUCCCUUUUACAAACUGAUAAAAAACUUUAAGGUGACCCUAUUGAAACAUUAUUCUUUGAAGAAAGCGAAUGGACCUAUAAUUCUGGAACAAAAAUAGCAAAAAAGAAAGGAGCUGAAUGCAGAAUUAUUAACAUGUUCCCUUUCAAGAGUGAUUUAAAAAGAAUGUCUACUGUUGUCCACUGGGAAGGUGAAGGUGCAAGCAAAGAAUAUAGAGUUUUAUGUAAAGGUGCUCCAGAAACUAUUGAAUAGCUUUUAACAGAAGUUCCACCAAACUAUGUUAAGGCAUACAAGUACUAUUCCAAGCUUGGCUACAGAGUACUUAGUUUAGCAUAUGGAAAGUUAAAUCCUGAUAUGAACUUAAACGAUGUUGAAAGAUAAGAUAUUGAAAAAAAUCUUACAUUUGCUGGUCUUUUUAUUUGUGACUCACCUCUAAAAUUUGAUACCAAACAGUACAUUACUAUCUUGUAACAAGCUAAAUACUAGCUUUUAAUGAUUACAGGUGAUAAUAUUUUGACAGCUGUUGCAGUUAGCAAUAAGCUUGAUUUUGGUCCUCAUGAUUAUCUCGUUUUAGAAACCAAAGAUGGUUAAAAUUUUGUUUGGAUUGAUUCUGAAGAAAAAGAAAAAAAAGCUAAUAUUACUCUUUAAGAACUUAAAGACAUAUGCCAGAAGUAUACUCUUUGCUUAAUAGGACCUACUAUUGAUGUGAUGAUAAGAAAAACUCCUCUAGACCUUCAAAAAAUUAUUUACAAGCAUGUUUAAAUUUAUGCUCGUACUUCUCCAGCUCAGAAAGAACAUAUCAUAUUCACAUUGAGAUAAGCAGGUGAGCAUUGCUUAAUGUGUGGUGAUGGUACAAAUGAUGUAGGAGCUCUUAAAAAGGCUGAUUUAGGUAUUGCUCUUGUUGGUAUCAAAGAAGAUAACCCUUAAGAACGUAGAUAAGAAAAAGAAAGAAAGAAAAAGAUCCAAGAAGAAAUUAAAAGAGAUUACAAAAAAAUGAUGUAAUAUAUGAAAGAAGAGUAAGAGAAAAAGAAAAACUAAAGCAUGUUUGGAGAUUCGAUAGAGUACAAAGUUGGCGAUGCUUGUAUUGCUGCUCCUUUUACUAACAAGCAUUCAAAUUCUAUCAGAUGUGUUAUUAUUUUACUUCGUUAAGGUAUUUGCACUCUUGUAACAACAAUUUAAACUUAUAAGAUUUUAGCCCUUAAUUCACUCCUUUCUGCUUACAAUCUCUCUGUUCUUAACUUAGAAGCUCUUAAAUUCUCAGAAACUUAAUAAACUAUUCUUGGUAUAACCUCAGCUAUAGCCUUUUAUUAAUUUUCAAAUUCUAAGCCUUUAAAACAAAUAUCUCCCGUUAAACCUGUUAGCACAAUUUUCGAGCCUUACUUCUUCCUUUCUGUAAUUGGAUAGGUAGCCUUGCACUUAUAUGGAAAUUCUAAGUGUGUUGAUAUUGGUUUGAAAUACUCAACAAAGGAAGAUCUUGCAAUUACUCACGAUUAAGAGUUUAAGCCAACAUUCCUAAACACUACAAUUUUCUUAUUCAGCUUGUUAUCUUAAACUUGCAUUUUCCUUUUCAACAAUGGAGGUGAACCUCAUAUGGAAGGAUUUUCUAAACACACAAAGUUCUUUAAAAUAUUAAUUGCAUGUUUAGCUGGUUCCUUCAUUUUUUCAAUGAAUCUUUUCCCAGAAUUAUCAGAAUACUUUGAAUUAAAGUUCGAAGGAGUUCCUGAAGAAGCUAACAAUGAGUUGGUAACUGUUUUCUCAAUCAUAGCUGUCACAAACUAUGUCAUGGAAAUUAGUUUAAGAUAUCUUAAGUUCGGAAAGCUAUUUAACUGGAUUUGA